UCCUCCUUAUUGGUGGCUUAAUAGUCGCCAGUUUCACUAAUCCCAAGCCAUCACAUCCCAGGACUAGACUCAGCUCUAGGAUCUCAAGCAGCACCAUGAGACAGAAGCGCAAACCCUCCUCUACUCAACAGCUUGACCCGGACAAGAGGCAGUGCCUGUCAUGGGACAUGUACGAUGCAGUAAACAGUGGUUCCAGCGAGGCUGGUCCAAGCACUAGCCAAACAGAUGAAGGCAUAGAGCCGGAUGUGGACCUUUGUGUUAUUGACCUUAUAGAAGAUGGUCCUCACGAGGUACCAGAUUCUUCGUCGGAUGAGGAAGUUAUCGACUUGACAGGAGACGAUGACCUCCAGGAGCUGGCCCUAUAUGUGGAUCCUAUUUUGGAGGAUGUAGUUCAUACAGAGCCGAACGAUGUCCUCUACCAAUUCAAGGUGUCAAAGUCCAAGUAUUUGAUUCUAGAAAGAGCUGCGGACUACCGGGUCAAGGUUCACCUGGACCAACCUUCAGAGAGGGAUCGGGUAGGUCUUCUGUGCACCUUGAAGAUGAGGCUGUUGCCCGUCGCGCCCGCUAUCGUGAGUCAGCCCAACCCCCAACUCCCGACAGAUGGAUGCAGCACCCUUUUACUGCGAGAGGCACCUGGUUAUGAUUUCCUUGUGUUUCCGGACCAACAGAUCAAUUCGUUGAGUCGGCUCCAAUUUAGCAGGAAGGAUCUUCUCUUGGGACGUGGUAGCCUUCUGGCGUUCUCCAUAGAGAUGGAGAGAAGGCCAAGCACCUCUUGCCUUGAGAGCUUCCAAGAACUCGCCAGACUCUACCAAGGGAAGCUGCUCUGGCUCUGUCUUCGUGACUACGAUCCCGCAUCCGGGUGUGCCUCGAUGGAUGCUUGGUUACUUUCUGGCAUCGUGUCUCAGCCAGCUUUAAAUGGAGCUCAAUUUCCCUCCAGAAAACAGUACCUUGAAUAUGUCCCCCACUUGAUGAACUGGUAUCAUGGAUUCCCGCUACCAGCUCGUAAAAAAUACAAGGCCCACAAGAGGUACGACUACACAGCCCUCUUUGACAAGGUGCGUCAGUAUCACCAGACCCAGGAGGUGGUGGAGACGAUCAGUGUCCAGCACCCAAUCCUUGUCCCGACCCUGCGGCCUUACCAGCGUGAUGCGGUCUGUUGGAUGGUCAAGAAGGAAAAAGUGAAACAAAAUGAGAAAGGCCAGCUGCACAUUCUUUGGAGGCUGUUCAAGACAGUUGAUGACAAGACCCUCUACUAUAAUCCAAACAGUGGCGAAAUAACAGACCGGAGACAGGAGAUGCCCGAGGCCUUUCCUGGAGGCAUCCUGGCCGACGAGAUGGGGCUGGGGAAGACGGUGGAAGUCCUGGCCAUGGUCCUAGCUCACCCAAGAUGGGUCAAAGACCACUCCCAGGACACAGCUAUCUCGUCCUGUACACAAGAUAAACUGCCAGAUGGUGCCGUUUCCAAAGACCACUCCCAGAUGAACAUGGACACCUCAUCCUGUACACAAAAUAAACUGCCAAACAGUGCCGUUUCCAAAGACCACUCCUUGAACAUGGACACCUCAUCCUCCACGCAGGACAAACUACCAGAGAGUGCAGGAACUGAUGUUGCCACUCCUGCAGAGGGAGAACAGUUGGAGUGUAAGACCUCAGGGACAUUGGUUUCAUCUAAGAAUGUCACCAUGCCUGAAGCACAAAGUGAUGUAGAGGUGGAGGUAUCAGAUAUAUCAGAUUUCAACAGAAUAAAUGGAAGCGGCUUCCAAGGAGGAACUGGUACUAUGGUGGCAGGUGACAGCAUGUCGUCAGUUCUGGUACAUGGAACUGCAAUGGAGAGCAAUGAAACAGAAACUGUCCUUGAUAAAAAACCAGUUAACCUCCUCGGACAAGAAGUCUCAGAAGGCAGUAGUUCGUGUACUUCACAAAACAAUGAGAAUAUUACAUGCAACAGGAAAGAGGAAACAAUGUCAUUAAUUCAAGUACAUGGGACUGAAAUGAAAAACACCGCUGUAAAGGUAGAAUCAAGAACUGAAUCAGAAAGGAAUCUCAAGAACGUUGUAGAGCAAGAGCCCCAAGACAACAAAUCACUCUCAGGACCUGAUGUGCAAUAUGCUAGCCAAGCAACUAAACAAAGUAACAGUACUGCUCAAAACUCAAAAGACAAAGAUUCCUUUCAUUUACAAGGAAAAGAAGUAAAGUAUUUGAAAGUGACUGAAGACGAAGAAGCCCCUCCAGGUGCAAAUGAAAGCCAUAUGGAAUCAGCAAUAGAAAAUGAGAAAGAAGCCACACAAGAAAGAGAGAAACCCAAAGUCUUUCAGUGUACAUGUGGUCGGAAUGAGCGGAAUAUUUGCCAACCCACGUGUGUGCAGUGCCUUAGAUGUCGCUCCUGGCUUCAUGCUGCAUGCAUUGGCUUUGAUAUUCACAUGCCAGACACACCCAGUCAGGACCUGCAAUUCUGGUGCCCUAACUGUUUUCCCAAAGUGCCACCGUUGGUUUCCGGUGCGACGUUGAUCAUUUCACCUGCCUCAAUAUGUCACCAGUGGGUGGAUGAGAUUAACAGACAUAUCAACUCAUCUACUCUCAAAGUUGUGGUAUAUGAGGGUGUGAAGAAGCAGGGCUACGUCCAACCUCGCACCCUUGCAGAGUGUGACAUAGUCAUCACAACCUACAACACACUCCGGGUGGAGCUAGACUAUGCCAAUCUCUCUCAACCAGGCACUGAGGGUCGUAGUCUUCGCCAUGGUAAGCGGUACCAGACCACACCCAGCCCUCUACCCUGUGUAGAAUGGUGGAGAAUAUGCCUGGAUGAGGCACAGAUGAUCGAGAGCACUACAGCAAAGUCUGCUAAGAUGGCUAACAGAUUGUCUGCAAGGAACAGAUGGUGUGUGACAGGAACUCCCAUACAGAAGAGCCUUGAUGAUCUGUAUGGCCUGUUCCUGUUUCUUGGUGUUGAGCCUUACUGGGUUAAGGACUGGUGGGACCUACUCCUCAGCAUCCCUUACAGCCAAGGGAACCGAGAACCACUCCAGAAGGCACUCUGCAAGAUCUUCUGGCGCUCCGCAAAGAGGGAUGUCAUAGACCAGAUAGCACUCCCACCUCAGAGGGAGGAAAUCCACUGGUUGGAUUUCUCACCUGUAGAGACAUACUUCUACAAGAGGAAGCAUGAGGAGUGCUCGAUCAACUUCACAUCUAACUCUCGCAAGACCAGUGUCCUUCCUGAAACCAAGCUGUCCACCCUGGACAGGCAGUCACUUCAGAGUCUCCUGGGUCCCCUCCUGAGGGUGCGCCAGGCCUGCUGUCAUCCCCACGUGGUCCGGGGUGAGUUCACCACCCUGCAGAAGAAGAAGCAGCUGAGCAUGGAGGAUCUCCUCAAGACCAUGAUCGCUAAGGCUGAGGUUGAGAGCGAUGGGGCGCAUCGUCAGCUGGUCUGUGCCAUGAAUGCACUGGCGGCUGUACACUGCAUCAAGAAUGAGCUCCCAGAAGCCGUUGCCUUGUAUCGGGAGGCUCUGAAGUCAGCCGAGGAACACAAAGACCACAUCAAGACAGACAAGCUCCAGAUGAUGCAUGCUAUUCAUAACCUCAACGAGAUACUCAAGGACAGACCAGAGGUCGUUGAACCCAGCCCGGAGGAUGGUGACCUCGCGCAAAGGAUGGUGUUUCUAAGAGACCAGUACUUGCAGAAAACAGCGUACCUUGUCACCAGUAGCCUAUAUACACUGCAGCCAAUCAGAGACAAGGUUUUGGAGCAGCAAGAGAAGAUUCCACCUGGUCCUGCAUGGUAUCUAGACGGCAUACAAUGGGCCAUAUACCAGGGACUAGGCCCGGACCUUGUGGACAGACUCAAGACUGAACUUGAGGCCAAGAGUGAAGUUAUGGGACUAGCUGAUAAAUUCCGAGAUGCAAGAGGAUUCCAGUUUGUCCUUGUCUCUGAGCUAGAGGAGCUAGCCAAGCUCUACGAGUCAGCCUGGGAUGGGGUGACCAGUCUCCAAGACAAACUCAAGGAUAAGGCUCUCUUAGCAGAAGCAACAGACUGCCAUCUUAGACCAUUCAAAGGGAGGCACAAACACACAUGUGCCUUUUGUAAAGUAGAGGAUCAGCUUCAGAAGUAUGAGAUGAAACUCUUCUCCUUUGAUGUCAGGAAUUUAGAGGUCCAGGAGGUAGCUGGUCCUGCCAACGCUGACCCUAACCAAGACCGCUUCAACCUGAUGGCUGGAGGACCUCGCGGUAACUGGGCUGCCAGCGAUCAUGAGAGGGCGCUACGUAUCCUUCACAGCUUCCUGAGGAGCUGCAGUGCAGAUGACAUCACGCUGGAGGAGGGGACCAACUUCUUGGAGAUGCUGGAACAGCAGAGGAAAGAAUUUAAGCCCCUGAGAGCCUACUGGGGUGCUAUGCGUGACCGAGUGGCAGCCAUGGAUGAACUGGAGAUGGCGAUGUUGAGGUUAAGGGUCAAAUUACCAGGAGAGGAAACGGACCCAGCCUCUCAGCCUUACAUCAUCGAACCUCAUGAGAUUGACCAGCAGAGGUACAGUUUCCUGAACGACCGUCUCUUUGCCAAGAAUGACCUCAGACGUAAGCUAGGUCAGCUGGUCUACCUACGGAAUCUCAACAAAGCUCAGUAUGACCUGAAGGACGGUUAUAAUCCGGAGCCCUGUCCUAUCUGUGUCAGACCCCUUGGCAAACAGUGGACAGUCCUGCAAUGUGGGCACUGCUUCUGCAACGAGUGCAUGGAGACCAUGCUAAAACGCGUCCACAUCGCCGGUCGUCAGAGCCCCGUCAAGUGUGCCGUCUGCCGCAUGCCCACCGAAGGCGUCGACGUCUCCUACGUCAGUGUGACUCUGCAGCAGCAGGAUGCAGCCGAGCAGGCGGCGGCAGAGGAGAGUAUCAAGGUCCAGGGAGAUCACUCUACAAAGAUUGAGGCAGUGGUAAGAACUUUGAAGGGGAUACAGCUGAAGGAGCCGGGAGCGAAGGCUAUCGUCUUCUCCACUUGGUCUGAGGUGCUUGAACUCAUCUCCAAAGCUCUGACUCAGAAUCAGAUCAAAUUCAGGAAUGCUGGCAAGCAGGGAGGACCAAAACAUUUCCAGGCUGCAUUGAUGGAUUUCAAGCAUGAAGCAGACAUCACAGCUCUCCUCCUACCGGUUCACAGUGGUAGCAAGGGUCUGAACCUCAUAGAGGCCACUCACGUUCUUCUGGUAGAACCCAUCCUCAACCCAGCAAGCGAGAUGCAAGCCGUCGGCAGGGUGCAUCGUAUUGGGCAAACAAAGCCAACUGUUGUCCAUCGUUACCUCGUCCAUGAAACAAUUGAAGAGAAACUUCACAGCUACCUCAGCACUCACAUUAUCAGGGAUGGAUUGAACUCGGUGGAGACCGACACUGGAGAUAUGACCUUCUCUGACCUCAAAGAGCUGUUCACAUCGGAAACUUAAUCCAGCGAGCCACUACAUCCUUCAGAUAGAUCACAGAUGUCUUUGUCUAAAUUCUUCCAUUUAACUCAGGCAAAUUAAGGGUUAAUUCACUAGAUGUGUUUACAAUUCUUAGUCACAAAAUGACAUUGAGAUGUAUGAGAAAGUGCAUUUGCAAAAUUUUAAUCCAAGGUACAAAAAAAGAGAGAAAUCUCGUAUUAUUAGGCUGAAUGGAACUUGAAGAUUUUCACUUUGAUGAUUUGGGGCAUGACAUUUCUUUACGUACAUUUAAAACCUCAAAAACACCAACCCAUAAUUGAGACGACCUUACAAAUGGCUCAUUUAAACUGGAAUAGAAGGAAAGCAUUAGAUUUACUUCUCAAAUAUUCCUGAUUACAAGCACAAAAAAAUUGGUUAAACCCACUUGAAGUACCGUUAGAUCUAGAUGUAAUUCAUCAAAAUCAUGUCCCUCGGUGAUCAAAAUGUUUUGAUGAAACACCUUGAUAUUUUGUACCAAUUGUAAACCCUCUUUAAGAUGAAUGCCUUAUCACU